CAUCGGGAGACGCGCACGCGCCGUGGGUCUGAGAGACGUGUAUGCACCGUGGUGACGCACGGACCCCUUUCCACCACCGCCCCCCCAUCCCCAUCCCCAACUCCCAGCCCGCCUGGAGAUGGCGGCCGUGGCAGCGCAAGUGGUGGAACUGGACAUUGAAGAGCAGCAGAUGGACCUUUUAAAAUUUCCUUCAGAUGAAGACCAAUGGAGACUACAACAUGCCAAGAUACAUGCAAAACACCGUGGACAUGAGGCUAUGCAUGCAGAAAUGGUGCUUAUUCUUAUUGCCACCCUCGUAAUAGCUCAGGUUGUGCUAGUCCAGUGGAAACAACGUCAUUGUAGAUCAUAUAAUCUGGUCACCUUGCUUCAGAUGUGGAUUGUUCCUUUAUAUUUCACCGUAAAACUUUAUUGGUGGCGCUUUCUCUCCACAUGGGGGAUGUUCUCUGUUAUUACCAGCUAUGUCAUCUUCAGAGCUACCCGUAAACCCCUUUCUGGAAGAACACCACGGAUGGUCUACAAAUGGUUCCUUCUCAUCUACAAACUAAGCUAUGCAGUGGGCAUUGUGGGAUAUUUGGCAGUAAUGUUUACAAUGUUUGGCUUCAAUUUGUUCUUCAGAAUAAAGACAGAAGACUCGAUGGAUUUUGGCGUAAUUUUGCUGUUCUAUGGCUUGUACUAUGGGGUUAUGGGAAGAGAUUUUGCUGAGAUUUGCUCCGAUUAUAUGGCCUCCACUAUUGGAUUCUAUAAUUGUGGUAGUAUGCCGUCCAGGAAUCUCUCUGAUGACAUUUGUGCUGUGUGUGGUCAGAAAAUAUUUGUGGAUAUCAGUGAAGAAGGAAUUAUAGAAGACACGUACCAGCUCUCCUGUAAUCAUGUAUUUCAUGAAUUCUGCAUUCGUGGUUGGUGCAUUGUAGGUAAAAAGCAGACAUGCCCAUACUGUAAUGAGAAGGUGGACCUUAAAAGAAUGCUAAGUAAUCCAUGGGAACGCACACAUGUUUUAUAUGGCCAACUAUUAGAUUGGUUGCGCUACUUAGUUGCAUGGCAGCCUGUAAUUAUCGGUCUUGUACAGGGUAUUAACUACAUAUUGGGUCUAGAAUAAGACCCUAGUACUUUUUUGGAGAUGCAAAAUAUAAAUGAAAAGAACCUGUUUAAAUUCUGUAUAUUCUGUACUUUAUUGUACAAAAGUUUACUCUGAAUUUGUUAGCUAGCCUUACAUAGCUGCAAUAUGUUUCGUUGGUACAUUAAUUACUUAUUAUGGUGAUUAUACUGUCACUUAACUAAUGUGCAAUAUUUUUAAAAAUGAAACAAAGCUAGAUUUUAUAAAAGGAGCCCCAGGCUGCUUCACAAAAGAAGAAUGAAGUCCCCAACAACAACAACAACGUUGAAACAAAUUAAACAAAGUGUUUACCAUGCUAUAUUCUUAUGAUUCAUUGUUGAUUGUAGCUCAUAGUGUUGAUUUGGAAAUUGUGAAUAUCACUUCAAAGAAAAUUUGAUGAUGAGAUGUAGAAACAUCAUUCUUUUUUAAACAAGAUAUUAAGUUCGUCAUUCUGGUAAUAUCCACACUAAUUUAGAGAUAUGUUGUGAAAAAUUAUUCUGGUGUAAUCAGUUGUUUAUAAAUCUACACAAUUCUAAUUCAUGCCCCUAUACUGAUUUUUCUUUCUACCACUUAAUGUUGAGCACCAAUGGUGCAUUUACUUACAGUGGGUUGUAUUUUUUCUUAAUCUAUAUUUAUUCUCUAAAUGGUUCAUUUCGUUUUUGAACUGGUAAUAAAUGCCAUAUAAUUUG